AUGGACACCGCGGGUUCAUCGGAAAAGGCUGAGGUUGGAGUCCAAUCGACCCCACCACGAGCAGAGAGCCUGAACCCAGACACGCCGGAAACAUUUGCGCACGCCGAACUACCGUCGUCGUCGUUCCCUCUAUUGCAGAAACUACGCGUCGAUCGAAAAUGGAGGGCCAAAUGGAGGAGCAAAAAGCAGACUCAGCAAGAGAGCGAGCAAUCAUCGGUGGACCAUGACCGUGACCGUGACCAGGAGGCAGAGGCAGGUCAAGAGGCAGAGGAGGGAGAGGAGGAUGUCGACGUCGUGGAGGAGACUGACGAGGGAACAAGUAUGCUUGGCCGAGCCUCCAGGUCCAGCACCAGUUACCUCUCCACAGAGAAUGAUAACUCAGGCUGGAGGGCCGCAUGGGACAAACUAAAAGCCUGGAUAUUCUUACCAGUGUGGAGGUUCUUACCACUGCGGAUGAUCGGGUAUCACCACGUAUUAAUGGGCAUCAGCAUCGUGGGAAUUGUAUUGCUUUCACUCUUGGUCGCGGGCUGCUCCUCAUAUCGAAUGCGUCGCAUAUACCUCCUGCAGUUAUCCUACGACCAUCAAGUCUCUAAUUCCAACCUGCAAAAUGGGGGAGCAGUCACCAACCCCUCGUUCUACGCAGUCGUUGCAAAUACCAGCUCUACUGCGAGUCUUGACGUGCGAGUAGGCUACUUCGGGGUAUGCAUGGCAGGCGUCUCAGAAGGUAAUCCUUCAAGCUGGACUUGUCGACCCAAGGCCAAGGACCUUGCAGAAAAGGUGCUUGAGACCCAGGACCCGCUCAAUGUACUAGCUGUGGCGGAUAACUUUCGAGAUCAAAUCAUACUUUCCGUGAUAAUAAUAAUGUCCAUCGUUCUGACGCUCAUCGGAUUCUGCGGCUUGGGCACAUUUCCCGGGUGGCACGAGGAGACUGUGAAUGACGAAACAUUCGAAGUCAAGCCUUUCCCGUCUCAGGCAAUAUCUAUACUUAUACUCGGUUUGUACGCACUGGCAACGCUUUUCCUCUUGGCUGCUAUUCUCUGGCAGCAUGUCGCAGUAGUAGCACACUCUGCCACCAUAGAGGCUGCGUUUAACGGUGCAGUCAAAGGGGGAGUAGGCACUGCAGCAAUGGCGUUUGGUUGGGUAGCCAUCGGGACCAACUUCCUUGUAAUUAUAGGACUGGCAGUGAUGGUUAUAAGUCUGCGGCUGCUAAGUAAGCUGGUUAACGAUGAUGAAUAUGAGGCCUGA